AUGACCUCCCCGGCAGAGCAGAUCUUCCUCUUCGGAGCCGUGGAGCCAGAACUUCCCACAGACCUCGCCAAACUCUUCAUCAUCGACCUCACUGCCGAAUCCGGUCUUGUUGUGGGAGUCAUGGUCCUCCUCACUCUCAUCUUUGGCUUCUGGGACUCUUUCAAUCAUCUCCUCUGGUGGAUCUACAAGAAGAUCUUCUUCCCCAUCCUGAAGCUCCUCUACGGCAUUACUUGGUUCACUAUCCAGCUAUCGAUGGUGCGUUCCUUGUAUGAACUACAUCUCGUACUCGACUGGGCCAAAGGCUCGGUGAAAAUCCCUCGAAUCACACUGGCUGGACGCAUCAUCAAAUCAAUCUGGGACUGGUACUUCCCUUCCAACAAGCCCCUCCACUCGAUCUCUCGCAUCCUUCCUACAAUCAUCUUUUUCACAAUCAUGUACAAAUCAUCUAUCAGGCCAGCGUACUGGUAUCUCAGCGGCUUUAUCACCGGCUUCCGUUACAGCGACUUUGUUCAAACGAUGUACUGCAUGGACUCUAUCGAGCGCCUGCGCCAGGGCCAGCGUAUGUCUGUCCUGCGAGUCCUCCAGACGCAUUACUGCCUCGGACAGGAAGACGCGGCCGGCAUACGUGCGGAUUUUGAGGCGCGUUUCGUGUUCAACGACUUUAUCGAAAGCGAGAUCAAGAACCGGCUGAUCCUCGCCUGGACCGGAGUCUUCCUCGUAGUCCUCGCCCUCGUUAUUCUCGCGGCUCACGCAUUCACCCAAACGCCUCUCUACAAUCGCGCCAUCAGAAUAUUCUCCAGCAACCCUCCCAUCAUUCAACGCGAAAGGGAUCUCCACACUUUGGUCAGCGCGUACGAUGAGCAGAUCGCCAACAUCAAGUAUCUCCUUCUCACCAAAAACGUCGAGCUUAGUUCUGCCAACAAGAAGCUCCUUGAGCAGCACAGACAGAUCCAGGAUGGUGAAAGGCUCCUCCAGAAGUACCACAGAAAGGUGAAUGAAGACAAAAUCGAGAUCGAGAAGCUGUCUUCCCGUCCUGCCGUCACAGUCACUCCUUGGUGCUCCUGUCAGUGGACGGUGAUUCCACAGCUGCGACAGGAAAUCGCCAGCAGAGACUCCGACCUCUCCAUCCUCCGGUAUAAGCUGCACGAGAGCGAGGGUCAAGAAAGCGAGAAGACCUCCCUCGAGAUUCGGCGUCAGGAAGUAAACAUUGAGACAUUGAAGGAUCGACUUCAACAGAAGGAUGUGGAACUCGAGGCUUUGAUGGAAGACUUCAAUGAACAAGGAACUUGCUUCGAUGUGAAGGAGAAGUCGCUCAACGACCGCAUCGCCAUGUUGGAACAACAGCUCGAAAGUCAAGGAAAGACACCCUUUGAUGCGACGGAGAAGUCGUUGAAUGACCACAUCGCUCGGUUGGAACAUCACUUAUCGGAAACCAAGAAUGAAUUCGACGAGAAGAGCGCCUCAUUCAACCUCACGGAGGCGUUCUUGAAGGACCACAUCUCCCAGCUGGAACAACAAUUGUCAGACACUAAAGCAGGAUUCAACCAGCAAAACAGCUCUUUCCAGACUAGGGAGAAGUCUCUUCAAGACUACAUUACCCAGUUGGAGCAACAACUGUCCGAGUCCAAGGAGGGCCUCAACGAGCAAAACCACUCUUUCCAGACCAGAGAAAAGUCUCUGCAAGAUCACAUCACUCAGUUGGAACAACAGUUGUCAGAGGCUAAAGAGGGCUUCAACAAGCAAACCGACUCAUUCCAGGCCAGGGAAAAGACUCUACAAGAUCACGUCGCUCAGUUGGAACAACAGUUGGCAGCGAGUAAACCAGACUCCUUCGAUGCCAAGGAACAGGCUCUCCAGGACCAAAUCGCUCAGUUGGAGCAGCAUCUCUCAUCAAGCAAGGAUACCAUCGACCAACGCGACUCCGCUCUUCAAGCCAGGGAGAAGUCUCUGCAAGAUCACAUCACCCAGCUAGAACAAAAGUUGUCAGACAGCAAAGACUCUUCCAGCGCCCAAGAAAAGGCUCUGCGGGACCAGAUCGCUCAGUUGGAACAACAGCUAUCGGCGAGCAGGAAUGACAUAGACCAACACGACUCCGCUUCGCAGGCCAGUGAGCAGGCAUUGAAGGACCGUAUCACUGAGCUGGAGCAAGAGUUGUCGCAGAGCAAAGAACAAAUCGAGACCAUGUUCGAAGCGGAAAUCAGUAGCUUUUCGGAGUUGCUGACAUGCCAGGUCAACAUUAGGAUGCUCGAAAAACGCUUGAAGGAAGCAGAAUCUCAACCUACCGAAAGCAGCGAUGCCAGGUGUCAGGAACUGGUUGUCCGCGAACAACAUCUCAACCGUGAAAACGAAGAGUUAGUCGGCCAGGUCGUGGAGCUCGGGUUGUUGAACCAGAAGCUGGAUCAGCAAAACAAAGGCCUGACCCGACAACACCAAGAAUUGAUCUCGAAUGUCCAAAGGAUUACGGCGGAACGCGAUACUGUCGUUGAGCAAUGCAAGGAAAUCGAAGCGAAGUACAAUGAUCUGAUGGUUGAACGCGGUGCUCUCGUUGCCCAAUACCAAGAACUGCAGCAGAGGUGCAAUUUCCUAGAAGCCCAGCAUCACAACGCCAUGGUCCAGCACGAGCAUCUGUCCGGGGAAACCAACGGGCUCAACCGACAACAUGAGGACUUGAUCGCACGUCACCAGGCACAGACGGCCGAAAACCAGAGACUAGUGGCGGAAAAUCAGGCGCUGACGUCCAGGUGCAGUGAGCUCGAAUCAAGAUCUUGUUCCCCCGAAGCACGGAGCCCAUCAUUCGCGGCUCAACAGGAGCGUGAUGAGGCCUUGGGAAAGGCACUGUAUUUGCAACAAGAGUUGGAAAACACCAAGUCUACCGCAGAGAGGCUAAUUAACGAAGCCAACGAGGCGCUGAACGAGUCCCGUGAGACGGCGGCCAAGAUGCAGCAAAGCAUGCAACAGAGCAUUCACGACAUCAAGAGCGCCUGCGAUUCAACCCUUGAACAGCAGCGAGCGAGGGCGAGCGAAGCUGAACUGCAGGUCAUCCAGCUGACGGAGGAAGUGAACGAUCUCCAGCUACGGAUUGGGAUGGCCAUGCGCGAUGCGCAACGAAAGCAUGAGGAGGCAACGCAGGCCCAGCAAACCAUCCAGGUUCUCGAGAAUCGUCUGUCUAAGUGGGAGAAUCGCGACGGGGCUCAAGAAAUCAUGAAGCGUCAGACGGGCCACAUAGGGUCCAUCAGCACGGCGCUCGAACAGGCCAAGUUAACCGUUGCGCAGAAGGACUUGGAGAUAGAGAAUCUCCGUCGGGCAAUGGCAAAACUACAGAAUCAGCCUCAGACCCCUUCUUCAGAUCAGGAAGCGCUCUUGCAUGAGCAGGUGCGAAGACUUCGAGUGGCCUUGGAGACUGAAAAGAGGGCUCGGUCGGAGGAUAUGAUUCAGACUGGGAAGCAGAUCCGCGAGUUGACGGACGAGAAUCGGAAGUUGACGGUUUCUCUUUCCAACAUCCGGGCGGCCCAGGGGAGUCGACUGUCUCCGAGAAAGGGAGUGUGA